CCAUAUAAAAAGGUAAGCCCAUUUAUUAACGGUCACAACUUUACCCUUUUUCCUCUACCCUAUGAUAAUAUACCACAGGACAAUGUUCUUGCAACUAAUAAUAUGCUUUGGAUUUUAUUUUAUCCUACCUACAUUUGUUACCGCUGAUAGAGGAGGCAUUCCACAUUGGUUGAACAGCGGUCACAUUCCACCCGGCCAUCAACAUAAUCACAACUCCGGUCCUUCAUCAAACAUUUUCAACAGUUGGUCAGGCACGCCGCAAAUUGAGAUACCGAAGUGGCUUCCCCAUGGAAGUUAUCCCAAAUAUGUGGCUUGGUGGGAGGAGUUUCAUUCGAAUCUACAAGAGUGUGGCAAAAAACAAACUAAGCCAAGAAAUCCUCUUCUAAGAGUGAUUGGUGGACAUAUUACAACAAUAGAUUCAUAUCCAUGGAUGGUUUCCAUGUACUCAGAUCUGAUAAAGCAGCCAUGGUGCGGUGGGACGUUAAUUUCUUCAGAAUGGGUUGUCACAGCGGCACACUGCUUCAGACCGCCAUUCAACCAGCCUUCAACAUGGACAAUGCACAUGGGCAAGAACAAUGCAUCUGGUUUUGCCGAAUAUAUUGACGAACAAGUUCGGGGUAUUUCGGAACUUAAAAUACACACAGGCUUUAACUUCUCCAGAAACGAUUUCAGAUUUGAUAAUGACAUAGCAUUAAUAAAGUUAGACCAAGAAGUUAUAUUCAACAGUCAUACUUCACCAUUGUGUCUUGUCAAAAGCACUGAUCGCAUGGAAGAUCUUCUGAAGCCUGAAACUAGAUGUUCAAUAACUGGAUAUGGAAUUUCGGACAUGGGUAAUGCCCGCCGGGAAGAGAACGCGCUUCAUGUUGCCGAUGUUCCACUGGUCGACAAGGAAACGUGUUUACGUGUAAAAGAUUACAAAAACCAAGUAUCAGAUAAUAUGAUAUGUGCAGGACUAGAAGAUGGUGGAGUUGACACGUGUCUUGGGGACAGUGGAGGGCCUUUGCAGUGUCAGAUAAACAACAAAUGGUAUCAAGUUGGUAUCACUAGUUGGGGUCCUGUGAGAUGCGCGGAACCUAGAAAGCCCGGGGUCUACACUGAUAUAUCAAAAUAUACCGAGUGGAUCUACAGAGAAAUAUUCAAUGAUUACAAAGGAAACCAUGUUGACAACAACGGUUUAAUAGACAUCACGAAAUAAAGCAAAUUUUGUCCAAGCUAAUUCCGCGUCCUUGGAAAACACGACAAGGUGUACCACAAUAAAGACGUUACAAACUGAAUUGAAACCAUAUAGAUAUAGGAAUGAUGAACUAUUUCACAAAAUGUUGUUAGUUUGUUCAUCUGUUAUUAAAGCAAUCGACAAGCAUUU